AUGUCCAAACUCAUCGUCAUAAUCGGCAUAACUGGCAACCAGGGCUCCUCCGUCGCCCACACCUUCCUCGCCUCCCCAACCUGGCGCAUCCGCGGCCUAACCCGAUCCCCCACCUCGCCCACCUCCCUCCACCUCUCCUCCCUCGGCAUCGAAAUGGUGCAAGCCGACCUCCACGACCCCUCGUCCCUUUCUCGCGCCUUCUCCGGCGCAAACCUAAUCUUCAGUGCCACCGACUUCUGGACACCGUUCUUCACGCCCAGCAACGCUGCUCGCGCUGCGGAGCUCGGGGUGCCCAUCGGACGGUACGCGUACGAGCUGGAAGCGGAGCAAGGGCGGAACAUAGUGGACGCGGUGGCGAAGGUGGUGGGCGGGUUGGAUGACGUGGGGUUUGUGGCGAGUACGUUGUGCAAUGCGCGCGAGGCCAGUGGGGGCAGGUAUAAGGAGCUGUGGCAUUUUGAUGGUAAGGCGCAUGUUUUUCCGCGGUACCUGGAAGAGAGAUAUGAGGAGUUGGCGCGCAAGACGAGUUAUCUGCAUACCGGGUAUUUUUAUACCAGUUGGAGGUAUAUGCCCGAGAGGUGGUUUGCGAAGUUGCCCGACGGUUCAGUUCAGAUGCAGUCCCCGACGUCUCCAGAUACGUUGAUACCCCAUCUCAACCCGCGGACGGAUGUUGGUCCUUUUGUACAAGCCAUGUUGCAGUUACCCCCAGGCUCGACGGUCAUGGCUGCGAGCGAAUGGUGCACAUGGCCAGAUUGGAUCAAGACUUGGGGUGAGGUGACGGGGGUAAAGACUAGUUACAAGCAAGUUAGCGUCGAGGAUUUCGACAAGGAGAUACCUGGAGGCGCGGGUAAGGAGAUUGGGGAAAUGUUUGAGUUCUCGAGUACUUGGGGGUAUAAUGCUAACCAAAAGGAUACGUUGAUGACGUGGGAUUUGGAAAAGAUGGGCGUACAUGUCCCGACAAUGAGCUUGAAGGAGUAUUGCGAAAAGGAAGAUUGGGUUGCAGCGGGCAUAUUAGCUCCUUGA